GGCGUUGCCUCUCUAUAAAGUCUCUGCUGCUCUCUUCCACAACUCCUGCUCUCUGUCCCGUCUCUCCUGAUCUCGGCACGUGUAAACUCCAACCCUCGCGAUCAUGCCUUCAGAACUGGAAGUUGCCAUGGAGUCCCUUAUCAAGGUGUUCCACCGUUACACCUCUAAAGAGGGAAGUUCAGCCACACUAUCAAAGAAAGAGCUUAAGGAUCUGAUGGCGAACGAGCUUUCCAACUUCCUUGAGUCUCAGAAGGACCCUGCUGCUAUCGACAAGAUCAUGAAGGACCUGGACACCAAUGGCGACGGCCAGGUGGACUUUGAGGAGUUUGUUUCUCUGGUUGUUGGACUGUCAGUUGCUUGUGAGCAGUGCUAUCAGAUGCACCUGAGGCAGCAGUCGUACAGAAAGUGAAGAAUGGCAGCAGAAGGGAGGACAAGAAAAGCCAAAAAGCAUUUCUUUUUUUUUUUGUAAAGAUAACUUUGUCCAUUAAAAA